UAGGGGUUCUAGAGACAGAGCAACUAUAUUUCUGCAUUAUUAUCAGAAAAAAAAGUCUUCAAAACCUGUAAAAUAACUUCUUUGGUCUUUGAAAAUAUUUGAGGUGAGUGCAAAGCGUUUCAAAAUACGAACGAAUCAGGCAGGAUGGGCACAGCGUCGCGUCUUCACCCGGAUGAUCUGGCGGGACUGCAGAACAACCCGGAGCAUUUCAGGUUCGAGCGUGAGAUGAGGCUGGUGGUAGGGGCGGACGAGUGGGAGCCUCACAUGAAAGUGACGCAGGAGGUACCAGGGGGACCACCACACUUCCAGGGCCCAAUGAUGGACGUGCUCCUCGCUCUCGCCCGUACCAUGAACUUUACGUUCGUGUUGGAGAGGCCCCCUGACGGCUCCUGGGGGACACCGCUCCCCAACGGCACCGUCACGGGGCUGGUGGGCAUGGUGCACAGGCAGGAGGUGGACUUGGCGCUGGGUCCCUUUGCCCUCACCUCCGGGCGGGCAAUCGUGGUGGACUUCGCCGCGCCUUUGUUCUCUGACGCCCCGCAGCUCAUGGGUGGCCGUGGGCGUCCCGAGGUGGAUCCCUGGGGCUUCAUGCUGCUGCCCUUUGCACCCUCCGUAUGGGCAGCAACUCUGUGCAGCAUGGGCAUCUGGGUUUUGGCGGCCGUUAUGCUACUGACGACGCCGCUGAAGAACCGUCAGGGAGUUCGUGAGGCGCUUCGCUCCUUGUGGCAGACUGUCGUGUCCUUUGUGUUCCUGUACUGCGGCGUUCUCUUCCAGCAAGGUUUAGAGGCGAGCCGUACCAGCAGAGAGCGGCGGUGGGUGGGGCGCCUGGUGGUGAUCGGGUGGACGGUGACGGCCAUGGUGCUGGCGUGGUCCUACAUGGGCGGCCUCACCUCCCUGGUAGCGGUGAGACACGUGCCGCAGCCCUUCCAGACCCUCGCGGCGCUGGGGGACCAUCCCUCUGUCUUGCUGAUGGUGGCCAAGAACUCCGCUGAGUCUCGCUUACUGCAGACUGGCGGGCCCGUGGUGUUGCGGGGCCUGGAGAAGGUUCGGGAGGGGAAGAGGCUACGAAUGGUGAGCCGAGGAUACCACAACGUGUACCUACCCAUGGCCAACGGCGAGCCCUGGGUGGUGGUGGUGGAGGCGUACGAAGCGGCGGCGGUGGCGGAGCAUCACUUCGCGCUGACAGGGCGCUGUGAUUACUACACUUCGCGGGAGAUCAUAGUAUCUUACCCUCACUCCAUCAUCCUGCAGAAGAACAGCCCCCUUCUGCGCGCGGUCAAUGCCAGGCUGCAGGCUCUAACGCAGGGCGGGCUGUACCUUCACUGGCUGCAGACUGCUCUUCCCAACUCCUCCAUUUGCCGCCACUCGCCCUCUACCGUCACCGUGCAGGACACCCUCAGUCUGGCCAACCUCUGGGGCGUGUUUUCCGUGCUGGCUGGCGGCCUCGGUGCCUCCCUCCUCGCCUUCGUCUGUGAGCUGGCCAGUUCAACUCGCACGGAUGCUGCUGACUGAGGAAGAUACUGCUGGUUCUUCUUCUUCUUCUUCUUCUUCUUCUUCUUCUUCUUCUUCUUCUUCUUCUUCUUGGUAGAUGGGGACGAUAGCAGAAAAAUCAAGUGUAAAAGGGUGUAAAGAAAGACAGAGCAGAAUGACUUAAGAAGCGAUUCAAAGCGUAGCAGGUCCAACCAAGAAGGAAAUAGAUAGGCUUGUUUUCUACAGGAGCUGCCACGCAUGUUCUGUAAUGCAACUCCAGGAAUGUCCACAGUAGUAUAGGAAUUAGUUAAUCAAGACUGCAUUUCCUGUUGAGAUGAAUAUGAUGCACUGUACACACUUUCAUGGUACUUAUAGAGAAUUUCACUUCCUCCUCUUUGAAUGAACGAGUAGUCAUGAGUCGUUGCAACAAGCGAGCGUCUGCACUGGGAGCCGCUGUCGUGUUUUCAAGUCACCCAUUAUGACCAUUGGCUCGUAUUCUGAAACACUUUGCUUUCUCGCCACCACACAUUUCAAAGGCCACAGAGACAACAAGCCGGGUUCUCAAGAGUGUUUCUUUUGUUGAGGAUUAAGAAAUCUCGUUAAUCUUUCACCAGAACCAUAUAAAGUCUUAAAAACCCGUGUCACUGCAACUAGAGCCUUUUGAGUGCAGUGAAGGUGUGGCGCAGAGGUGGUUCAGAACACGGUGCAAGCUGUGGUGGCGUGCGCAGGACUGUGUCUCCUGUAGCAUUCAGGUAUCAGUGCACAGGGAUGCGUGUACUGUUGUAGACUAAGUGUUCCUCCGAGAAAACUUACUUUGGUGUUUCCACGUCACUGAAAUUUGUCUCGCUGUUUCGUACUGGUGAUUUGAGGAGAAAAAAAAUGUUGUUAUUUUUUAGCUAAUAUAUUUGCUUUGAAUCACAUCUUUCCCUUUACAUAGUGCAUAAAUUAAUGCUUGUAAGUGUUGUUGGUUUUCUUGAUCCAUCGUUAUCAAGUCUGUUCUGUGAUAAGUCUCGAAGUUUCGUCUCGACAGAGUGAAGCAGCGGCUGGAGAAACACAAGCAGUGCCUUGAUAAUUAACAUAUUUCACUUUUAAAAGAAACUAAAGCACUAAAAAAAAAAAAACACUUUUAAUAUAUGCAUGCUUUUCACACCAAUAUUCUACUUUUCAUAAGAAUGAUAACAAAGAGGGAAAGUAUCAGAGACUCAGAAGAUUUAUUACACCGCCUCCGCGCAGCAAAGGAAAGUAAUAUAAAGAGAUAGAAAAAAAUAAAACACCCAAAUACCGUUACUAGAGAGAAGAAAAAAAGGAAAACAGGAUUAGGGGGACAGAACAGAGAGGGAAGGUAGCAGAGAUCCAGGAUAUACCUUGAACAUUCCAUCUCAGAAAAGGAAAGUAAUAGAAGAGGAUAAGAACACAAAAAAAGGUCUAACUACAUACCGUUAUAAAAAAAAAGAAGGAAAACAAGAUUAGGAGCACAGAGAACAGAGAGGGAAGAUAACACAGACCUAUUAAACACUUUGAACCAUCCUUCCCACAGAAAAAGAGAGUAGCAGAAGACGAUAAGAGCACAAAACAAGAAUCCAAGUACAGUUAUCGGAAAAAAAGAAGGAAAACAAAAUCAGAAACAUAGAAAACAGAGAGGGAAGAUGACGUAGACCCACUACACACCUGGAACACCCCUCCCUUACACCCCCACACCACUCAACCCCCAUACCCCACACCACCACCACCAAACCCCAAUAAACAAACACACCACGAUUUUUACGAAACUCCAGGAUACUUUUAGAGGUUAAGAGUUGAAGCUAUAUCCUAGUGACCUUGCCUUUCCUCUCCACUGGGCGUGUCUGAGGUUACUUGGGGGCGAAGAAUGUUUUUGUUCAUUGAGUCCUUGCCCGCUGAUCUCAAGUUACGUAAGCAAGGUGUGUUGUCCUACUGAUACCAGUUUUUGUGGGGACCUUUGGGUGUUUGGGGGAGACAGACAGACAGACAGACAGACAGACAGAGAGAGAGAGAGAGAGGGGGUUGUUCUUAUAUGUAUCUUUGUGUUGCUACGUGUAUUUUGUUAUUUCUGGCAAGGUUUUUUUUUUUUUUUUUUCUGUUUUGUUUCUCUCGAAG